AACCCGGGACACGCUGGUUGUCAGUGUGUAAACUGAUGCAAAAGGGAGAAGGAGAAGUUGGUUCAACAAGUUCUUAACAAAAAACUAGCAUUAUUUGAAAUAGAAAUUAACACUGAAUCUUCAGACUAGUCUUGGGCGAUAUGGCGUUCAAGGACUUUACUUACCAAUAUCAGAACUUCGUGAGAGAAUCGGUGGAAAAGGAAAGACGCACGCGUUUGUUAUGGUACACUGAACGAAAAAAAAGAGGGACAGUCCAAGCCCCGAAGCAGUUCGAGGUUUUCAAGCGAAAAAUCGAAUCUUUAAAACUCGACGUGAAGCAGAGGUUACCACCGCUUGCCAAUCAGCAGACCAAAAAUAGACAAGAAUUUAAUCCAACUCUCAACAGAUCGAAAACUAUGGGAAACAUUGUGGAAAUGCGCCCUCCUACGCCGGAAACCAAGAAAUAUCUUUACGACGGCUUCACCAAGGAAGGAAAAGGUAGAGUUCAUUACCUAAAGGAAAGAUAUAAUACCAUUCCGGAGCAAAAGUUUAUCUACCCGGUUGUGAGUUCAUGGGAAUAUGGAUGGAAAUUGGAUGAAGCUCUUGAAGACAAAAUUAAAAAGCCAGUCUACGGACGUACGAGAACGGUUGCGGACACUUUCUUCUCUAGAAAUGGAAUCCCCAAGGGAGUAGAUAGGGACGAGGUGUGGGCUUGAUGGAUUUUAUAUUGUUAUUCUUGUAUCAGUAUUGCUCAUUUUAUACCGAAGGGUGCCCACACAUUGUUUCUCUCCUGUGACCGUGCAUGAUAUCAAUUUACAAUGUCUAAAGAUGUGCACUGGAAUUCAGUUUAGGCCUACACCGUUAACGUAACUGAAUGUUUUACGGAAUUCAACCAGAAACAUGAUUAUCUUUUAUAUUUGUUUACAAUAUAGAAAAUCUACACGCCAUCUUAAAUGAACAUACACGGAUUCACAAUAACUGAACCUAUUAUAAAAUCCUUAUUUGACCAAGAAAAAGAAAAAAGAUGGCGUUUUCUAUUUGCUAUGCGCUCUGCAAACCUAACAACGUGUAUACUGAUAUUUUUACAAAAUUCAAAUUAAAUUAUGCCAUGGUCUUUGCAGUAUGCAUUAUAAACGUGAUUGGAUGUUUUCACUACAUUUAUUAUAAAAAUCCAGCUUGAAUUCAUGAAAUAAUUGUGUAUGAUCCAAAUCGUGAUUUGUGUUGUGCUGACAGUAAAUCUCAAACCUACACCUAUUUGGUGACCCUUGUUAUAUUUUAAAGAUGUACAUUUAUAUAAUUUUAAAAUUAGAAAAUGUUGAUUACAAUAACGUUUAGUUGUAUAUUGAAGACUGUUUUAUGUGUACAAUAUUGUAGCUUUGUUAGAAUGGUAUGAAUCGCUGUGAAUGUUGAAAGUAAAAAAAACAAACACUCCACCUGCAUCUAUUUUACGCGACCUUUUAUACAUUUAAAACAAAUAGAUUUAACCACUGGAAAAAUAUUAAUGUUUAAAUGUAUAUUAUAUUGUUUUAAAAAAUAUAUAUAUAUAUAUAUAUAUAUAUAUAUAUAUAUAAACGAUUUACGUGUAGUAAAACUUUUUUUUAAAAAUGUUAUUACUUCUGAAUAUGAAGAGUUUUCAGAAUGAAAAAUAAAAUUCAAAGGCAAAAAAAAAAAAAAGAAGAGGAAUGAAUGUUGUUUUUCCCCCAACAAAAUCUUGAAUAAUGCGAUUUAUUAAUAGACAGAAUUGUGGGUGCAGACAAAAAUUUUGAAUGUAUAUAUUAUGUAUGAAAUAAUGACUUGUAAAAUUUGUUGUAUGUUUUGUUUUGGAAAAAGGUUUUAAUACACUGCCUUUGCCCUUUAUCAAAUAUUCCGUCCAACUGAAGAUUGAAGAAACAAUAUAAACAAAUAUUUCUAUUAAUAAUUAUAAAAUUUUAAAAUAUUUUAUACUGCUGAAGUUUUAUUACAUAUGUAUAAAUUGUAUAUUGAUGACUUGUGAUUAUUCUAGCAUCGUAUAAAUCGAUUAAAUUUAAAAUUGUU